AUGAGAGAAGCAGGUGUUGUGGAAAGUCCAGAAAUUUUGGGAGACGCCUGGCUGACCACAGGGACGAGAGAGGCGGGACCCCCUCUCUGCGGCCCCCCCGGGUGGUCCUUGCGGGGCAAAGCUGAGCCGCCCUCCCGCCGGCUGUGGGUGCCCAGCGCUGGGAGCAGCCCGACCCCAACCCGCGCCUGGGGGGCACAGGGGGCGCAGGGACAGGCCCGGCCGCGCCUCGGGGCCAGCGCAGCGGGAGGGACGGCUCAGGUUACCGGCCUCGUACAGAAAUGAGUGCGGCCGCGGGAGCCCGGGGAGGUUUGUGCUGUCCGCAGCCGAGCUGUAUUAAAGGGGAGCGGCGGGGCGGCCGCGGGGCUCCUCCGGCAGCCACCCCUCGGCAUGGCAGGGCCGGGGGGCGACGGGGACCUGCGGCGCCUGCUGAAGCUGCACCGCACCGAGAUUGCCAUGGCCGUGGACGACGUGUUCCCGCUGCUGCACGGCCUGGCUGACCACGACGUGGUCCCCGAGCAUAUCUUCAAGGAGACGCUGAGCCGGGCGGAGCGGGAGGGCUCCCAGCGCGCUUUCCAUGCCCUGCUCACCUGGCUGCUGGGCCGCGACGCCGCCGCCCUGCGCGACUUCUGGGCCGUGCUCUUCAAGGACUACAACCUGGAGCGCUACGCCCGGCUCCGGCCCGUCCGCGGCGCCUUCCCCAGAGGUACUGGGGGGUCAGGAGGGACCGGCAUCCCGGGUCCUGCCAGUGGGCAGGGGUGGCACCCCGGGCUGGCCGCGCCUGUCCCAGGCCCUGUCCCUCUUUCAGAGGCGGAGCUGGGUCGGCAGCGCCGUGGCAGGCGUCUGUCCCCCAGCCCCACGGCACCGGCCCCACACAGACCCCAAGGCAAGAGGAAAGCCCCUGAGGAGCGGGACAAGGCCCGGGCAGCACAGCCCUCCCCACGGCACACCACCAGUCCUGGUAUGGAGACCCCGAGUGGGAUGGAGACAGGCUGGGGGCCCCUGGCAAAGGCAAAGACUGUGAAGAAGCCGGAGGGCGCAGAUACCCCCCGCACCCCUCGUGCCGGCGGUGAGUGUCAACCCCCCCUGGGCAGCAUCUGCCUGUGCCCCCUGUUUGGCCAGCUGCCAGUGCCCACCAUGUACAGCCAGCAGCCUGUGCCCCUCCAGGAGAAUGAGGACGAGUGUGCAGCCUGCGGUGACGGCGGUGAGCUGAUCUGCUGUGAUGGCUGCCCCAGGGCCUUCCACCUCACCUGCCUGGUGCCCCCGCUGCCCCGCGUCCCCAGUGGGACAUGGCGAUGUGGCUCCUGUGUGACGAGUGUGGCUGAGCCGGGACAGCUGCUGGAGGCAGAUGUGGCUGUGCAGCGACCCCUCGAGAUCGCCGGGGAGGAGGGAUGUGAUACCCGGCUGGGUGGAGCUGAUGGGAGUGUCUGUAGCCACUGCUUCACCCGGAUCCCCACCCCCCAACACUGUCCUGCUCCCAGUGCAGAGCCCAGGGGGCUGCUGCUCUGCACAUCCUGCGCACGCACCCCGGACAUGGGCAGCCUGGACACCACCACAGCAGCUGGUGACCAACCGGCCCAGGCAGCCAAGGCAGAGGAAGGAGCCCUCAGCAGUGACCCUGUGCUGAGCCGGGAUGAGCUCGAUGCACUCCUGGGUGAGGGCACGUGGGAUGGGAUCUUGCAGUGGGCAUUCCAGAGCAUGGCACGGCCCCUGGCAGACACACACGGGCUCCUCGCCUAGUGCACACUACCCCGGUGGCACCACCGACAUCACAGGAGUGCAGAAGCAGCCCCUAGGGAAACUGUGCCACAGGAGGUACACAGGCAUCACGGCAGCUCCAGAAACCCAACAGCAUAAAUAAGAGAGCCUCACAGAACAACCCAAAGCACUUGGACACUGGCAAACAACACAUCACAGCCAACGACGCUCAACAGAGUACAGGGAAAGUAUAAAUGACCAAAAGAUUAUGAAAAACAAAAUAAAGAAAGCAUAAUAGAAUAGGAAAAAAAAAUCUAAAAUAUAAGAAAAAAGAGACUAAAUUUCCAAAAGAAGUAUUGGUAAAUAUCACUAAUA